AUGUUGGGCAGCUCUACUGAACGUAGACGCCGCAAGAAAGACUCCGACCGUGACCGCGACCGCGACCGCGACCGAGACAGACCUGAGUCCAAAGAUAAAGAGCGCCGCCGCUCUACACGCAAGCACCGCUCGUCGUCCAAAGAGAGGGAUCGUGACACAAGCACCCGGGAACGACCGCGGGCGCCGCAGUCUUCGUCGUCGCAAUCACACUCCUCCUCGAGCCGCAAAAUGUCUGUGGCCAUCGUUCCGGAGAUGGAGCGCCGUGCCUCCACUGCUUCGCCAGGCGCUUCGAAGACGAGCCUCCCGUAUCCGACCUUCUCGAAGGCACACAGCAAGGAAGCUGUAGGGAGCAGGGAGGAGCCGGUCAUGCCGGGCAUUUCGCUGUAUACACCAGAUCCGACAGAUCUCGGUCACGACAAGCAGGGCCAGCAUAGUGGCGAGAAGGUCGAUAGUUACACUGCGCCUCGUGGAGCUGCUCCACCGAGCCCGCCUCUGACUGCUGCGGACCCGGAUUUUGGGAGGUCCAGCAGCGUCAGGAGCACGCGACGAGCGGCAGCGACUGCCACGGGAGAGAGCGAUGCAACUCAGAGAAGCCCCAGUGACGGAUUGCGGACCUCCACACCGAAGCAGUCAACGUCCCGGUCAAGUUUGCGCCAGACCACAGUCACCGACGAAGGAUCCUUUAUCUCGGUUGAAACAGAAUCUACACAACCCAGCACAGUACUAUCAGACUCGCAGCCAAAGGUCAUAGUAGUCGACAGCAGAACUCUAAGUCCCAACGGCCGCCCGCCAGGUCGAUCUGUUUCAGGCACAUCUCAGCGGACCCAAUCCACCACUGAUUCCGAUGCUACCUCCGUCGCUCCGGAGAGGAAAGCGACACGACAGCGUCCUUCGUACCCCUUAAACCGCGAGUGCUCUCCGCUGUCUGCAGUAGACUCGUCACCGCGCACACCAACCCCUCAAGAACCUAACUUCCCGCAUCAUGUAACGGACCGCAAGGAAACGCCAAUGGUGGAGGUCUUUGUGUCAAACGAUGAAUUUAGACCCCAAUCUGUGCAGUCAACAAGGACAGAUGCACCUCCUCCCCCUCCUCCCCCGCCGCCACCCCCUCCUCAGGUCUCCACAGCUGAUGUACCUCGAGUCGACUAUUUGCUGCAGAACGGAGGCCUUCCACAUCUCGUUCCAAAAAACCUGCUCGCAGUUGUCGGCCAGAAUUCUCCGGUUCUUACGUAUCAAACCUACGCUUCUCCGCGUAUGCAAGGUCCUCAGAUCCAACACGCGCAUGGCAUCUUCUCUCAGUUCAACACUCUGCUUGAUGACUACUCGCGUGUGAUAUCGAAGAACGGCUCGCUGGCAGUUGCCACAGGCUAUCGAUCGGUAGCACGGCGAUUGCUCGACCGCCUCGAACAUGUCUUUGCUCGGAAUAUCUCGUCCGAGAAAUGUGACUGCAUCAUGUGUCGGUCGAACCCUCAGUAUCAAGACAUUCAAGGUGAAGAGACUGGUGUGAGCUGGGGCGAGGUGCUGGAAUAUGUUUCCGGCCGUCGCGAGCUCCCUCCAUGGCCACCCUUCUCCUUGACUAUGCAGGAGGCUGGCCUGGGCAUAUCCGGAACUGGACGCGAGGCGCCAAUGCAGAAGCUUGACGUGGACGUUCCAGAGGAGUACCGUGAGCACUAUCUCCGCCAGAGCAAGAAGACCAAGCAAGCCGUGCAGAGUUGGCUCGCCGCUCAACCCGAAGAAGCCGCAACACCUCCGCAGGAAGUCGACGAUGAGACGCUCACCUUUGCAAUCCUCACGCACCUCGAACCACGCCAGCGCCAGCUUUUCACCGCCUUGAUGAAAGGCUUGUCCAUCCUCCCCGGCUCCCGCGCCCCGACCCCGCAACCCACCCAACCCAACUCCGACCUCCUCGCCCGCACAGCCAUCGCCCUGCAGCGCCUCUACCACCUCGGCGCCCGCCCCCGCGACCCCGAGUGCACCAUCUUCCUCCUCAAGAACCCCGAGCUCCACGCCGUCCUCGCGACCCUCGCCGCCGUCAGCGCCAGCGAAUGGGAGAUCCUCGUCUCCGGCCGCUUCGACGGCUUCCUCUGGUCCGGCGCCGAGCCCUCUGGCGUUCUGCCGCAGGGCUUCACAACCACUACCCCUUUCUCACGCGGGCCCUCUAGAGGCCCCACGCCCGCCUCCCGCACCACGACGCCUUUCAGCAUGAACGGCCCACAGAGCCGCGGCCCGACGCCGUUCAGCCCGUUCCUGCACCAGCACCGGAACAGCACGACGCCGUUUCCGCCCUCCCGUGGCCCGACCCCGGGCUUCGGCGCCCCGGUCCAGCUGGACGAGGAGACGGAGAUCGCGGUCCUGGCGGAGGUGGAGCGCGAGAUCUAUCUCGGGAUGGAAGCGCUCGAAGACGCCUUCGAAGUCCUGCACACCAAAGCCGAAGCCGUUCGCAAAGCUCUGCGGGACCGGUCCGGCGGGCUCGCGGCCGCCGCACAGGCGCGUCGCGGGAGCAUGGGCGGCGCGGAGGAGUAUGUCGGCGUCAGGAUGGGCACGCCGGCGAGCGGGUUUGGUGGCUGGGGAGGCGGCUGGGAGAGCGAGACGGAUGAUGGGAUUGGGGAGGGGAGCGAGCUCGCGCCGGAUGAUUCGGCGAGUAAUAUCAGCUUUAACCGUCGGAGGAGGCCGGGGAGGAAGAAGGAGAGGAGGACUCCAGCCCCGGUUGAGGAGGAGGAUGAGGGAGAUUAUGCGGAGGGGGAGGGCGGGGAGAGUGAGAACACGGAGGGGGAGGAGGGUGGGGUUGCGCCGAGGAGGCGGUGA